CCUUAGCCGGUUGAGAAGAAUUUAUUGAAUUUAAACGCUCGUUAAUAUAGGUGAGCAUAGAACUCGAACGAAAAAAUGGCAGUUUUCUACUUCCUCGCAGCUUUUCUACCUGUACCGAGGGUUCAGUUACUUGUGAACCAUUCCAUUGGGGGGGUGUUGAUAUUGACUAAGUUUGUGCAAUGAAGUUACUAUCGCUGGCUGGUGUUUUGCUUAUUGGCCGCCAAUUUACGACCGGACUGUUGGUUAAGCAGUACAACUGUGACAACUAUAUUCUCGCAUGGUGCCAACUGUACAAUGUUACGAUACAAUCGGAUAAGGAUCUUCAGUCCGUUGUUUUCCCUAGAGUUCGACAGGUUGGGUUUCUCAAUGGGUCAAUUCCAGUGUUUUCUCAUUUAAUGAAUCUAAGUCUAUUUAACGCUGGGGUGUUGAAAGUAUUCGCCAGAGGUACAACAGUGAACAGACUUACUCUACCAAAUACGAUCGAUCAGUUGUACUUUCGAGAUAACAACAUGUUUUCGGUGGAAAUCGAUCCGAAAGCUUCAUACACCAUAAAGUACCUGAGAAUUCACGUGAACAAACUCAGAGAUAUAACCAAUUUCAAACACUUGAAGAAUCUUGUAGAGCUAAAUCUUUGUGAUAAUCUAAUCGAACACAUAUCAUUCGAUACUUUUGCCGAGAUGACACAGCUAAAACAACUCCUUCUUUGUGGCAACCGAAUCAGAACCAUUACCGCAACUCUGGACAUUAAUCUGCCAAAUCUGUAUCACUUGGAUCUAUCCAGUAAUUAUCUUUUCAAUAAAACUUCGCUUGAUCGUUGGAAUUUCCCACGAUUGGGAAACUUUUCGCUUCGUGAUAAUCUAAUUACGAAUCUGGAUGUCCAAGCUAUUGCCCAACGAUUCAGAUCGCUACAAAUACUUGAUGUUGAACAUAACUCACUGGACUGCAGUACCUAUCGGGAUCUGCUGGAACUAGUUCAACAGCGCAGUAUAAUCUACAACGUCGACAAGCGUGCGUGCAGUGCUCCCACGGUGGUACCAACGACCGGAGUGUUUCGUCGUUUUACUCCCGUUGACAGUGCAGGCAAUGUAGAUCCGCAGGAACAACAGAUUCGCCAACUGAAGGAACGAAUCUAUCAGCAGGUGAAAAUUAUUAACAAUCAACGGACGGAAAUUGACCAGCUAAGAAAUAAUCUGAGCGCACUGAUGGAACAGUUCGAUCUAGUCGCUGGCCCGGCACAAGCCAGUGAGCGACUUUAAAUCUCAUGUAUAGUUGAGUAAUUAAUGCGAUACUUUUAACAAUCGAUAUUGUAAUUAUAAUUUAGGAUAUCCAAAUCUGAAUCAGAUUAAUGAAAAGCUAAGAAGUUCUGUUAAAAGCAAAUUGAAGCUGAAGAUUCGGAAAUUUUACGAUGCG